AUGGCCGAAUAUAGACAUCUGGCAAACGCCCACCCACAGUGGGUUGAUUUCCCCAACAACCUUUCUCCCAAUACCCGCCGUGUCCCUAUGACAAGAGAUCAUCUUCUUAUCGCACCUCAGUCUGGGCUCGACAUAGGUGAAUUCACCAUACCCGCCCGAGAUGGCCACUCGAUCCACAUACGCUCCUACAAACAACAAGGUCGCACAGACCUGCCCCUUCUUGUGUACCUGCACGGUGGAGGGUUCGUGACGGGUGGUCUGGAGACAGAUGAUGACUCGUGUCGCGCACUCGCGUCGCAAGUGCCCCUGUUGGUUCUGAAUGUCGAGUACCGUUUAGCACCCGAGAACAAGUUCCCCAUCGGCUUCGAGGAUAGCUUUGAUGUGGUCCGCUGGGUUGCCUCUCACGGAUCCAAGCAGCUACCAGUCGAUCUCCAGCGGGGAUUCUUACUCGGUGGGACUUCAGCUGGUGCCAAUUUUACCGCUGGGAUUGCUCAUUUGGCUGUUCUGGAAGGGCUAUCUCCUCCUUUGACGGGGCUUCUCUUUCUAGCUGGCAGCUUCUGUCAUCCCGACGCGCGCCCGGCAAAGUAUCGAGAUCGCAUUCUAAGUGUCGAUGAGAUCAAUGACGCACCGGGCCUGACACGAAAGUCGAUUGAUUACUUUGCUGCCAAAUAUGGUGCCCCACCUACAGACAAACGCCUUUCGCCGUUGCUUUUCGAGUCGCAUUCUGACCUUGCAAAGAAAGCGGUAUUCUAUGUCUGCGGCUGGGAUCCGCGGAGGGAUGAGGCCCUGUUGUUCGAGCAACUUUUGAAAGAAGAGAGCACAAGAACUAAACUAUACGUCUACCCGGGCCUGCCUCAUGGAUUCUGGACGACAUGCCCCGACUUGGAUGUUUCGAAGAGCUGGCAGGAAGACUUGGUGCAAGGGGUCCAGUUCUUGUUGGAGUAA